GAAGGCCAUGGCCACUCUAGUCACUCUGCAAAAUCGGCUCCCGUUCAUUGAAAGCCAGUACUACUAUAGGAACAGGUUUGUAGAUGAAUAUAGAAAAAAAGAAUAUAAGGCUGCAGUUAAAAUACAGAGCUGGUUUCGAGGAUGUCAAGUACGAGCCUAUAUCAGGUAUUUAAACAAAAUGAUGACAAUUAUACAGAAAUGGUGGAGAGGUUAUAUGGGAAGAAAACAGUAUCGACAAAUGGUGAAGACAGCAUAUUUGACUAUGAAGAUGAAUUUCUACAAUGAAAUGGCUGUCAGGAUUCAGAAGUGCUGGCGAUCAUACAAAAUCCAGAAGUACUGCUUUAAUUACUAUUACUUGAAGGAAUAUCUGAGAGCUAUUUCUGACACCAAUCAAGCAAUCAGGGAAGCACUGGAGGAGUUUGCAGAGAUGCAGGGUCGAGAAAAGAAGAAGGCUGACUUAGAGAAGGAAGAGAAGAGAAAGCAGCACCAAGCCCGAAAGACCCAUUACCUUCUCAGCACAAAGCAGAUUCCAGGCAUAUACAACUCACCAUUUAGAGAUCCAGAUCCAAUGGAGUUUGAGUUACAGAAAGUGAGGGCAUUUCAGAUGACAUCUCCAGUCCCUCAGAUUCAGCAGACAGAUUAUGAAGACCUUUCCUCCUGGCUCGCUUGCACGAGUAAGCGUGCUUUUCCACGAUCAGACAUUUUACCACCCAUUAACAGGAAGCAAUGCCAGGGGCCCUUCCGAGAUAUCGCUGAAGUAUUGCAGCAGCGCUACAAGCCUUUGCAGCCAACCUUGCGGGUGGCCACAUCAAUCAAUGCGGUAAAAGAGGCCCAGGAGGAACUCAAAAGGGAGGAAUGGAAAAACCGUGUCAAUGACAAUAUGUUUUUGCCAUUUUCUAAUUACAGCAAGAAUGAAAAGUAUAUCCCAAUGAUUCACUCUUCAACCAAGUAUAAUGGCCUUUCUUAUGGACAAAAACAAUUCCAAGCUGAAGACCCUGAAAAAUGGAUAAGUAACAAAAACUUCCAGACAGUGUUUCCACCAUGUGUUCUCUUUGACAAGUAUGGAAAAGUAUAUUCAAGAGCUGGAGAGAUAGUGUAAGGGUGUGUAUUUCUACAUGAAGAACUUUUCAAAAUGUAAUAAAUUCACAAAGUCACAAAUAAAGUUGAUUGAUCUACUAUGCAUUUUAAAAGCCAUUUCAUCAUCACAUUCUUAUGUAAAAAAAAAAACCAAAAACAAAAACUUCUAGACUUCUUAGAAUCUAACCUAGUGGAGGCAUGCAUUUUUUUUUCCAGACUAUCUACUGACAGAAUGUACUCACCUAUAAUUACAUGGACCUCACAAUACUUUAAAUUAGGUGUAGAACUGGAACAAAGUUGAAGGCACUAAUCCAUCCUUCAUCCUAAGGGAGGGAAGAU